ACUGGGCGGCUUGCGUGAAUUGCAGGAGUUUGACAGAAACAGACCGCGACGUCGCGGAGGCAGAGUGUAUGGCCGAGGCUGUGAAGCCCCGCCGGGCCAAGGCCAAGGCCAGCCGGACCAAAGGCAAGGAAAAGAAGAAGUAUGAAGCCCUUCAGACUUCGGAUGCAGUUCUCCUUCCAGAGACUUGUAGAGAACAGGAAAUCCUGUCUCCAGUUUCUGAACUCAAAGGAGAUGAUCUGAAGGUGUCGGCUGAUUCUCAGCUCCACAGUGAUGUGUGUGGAUGGAAUGAAUGUGAAAUGUUUGAUGUUCCACUCACCUCCUUGACUACAGGGGAUGAAGGACCCCUGAUACAGGACACAGGGGACCUAAAGGAAAGGGGCGAGGUCACAGCCCUUGAUGGAGAUGAUGAAAUCCAGUUGAAGGUCGACCCUGGAGACAGUGUUCCAUCUAAAGGUGAACCUUCCAAGAGCUUCUCAGAAGUAGAUGAACACACACUCAAACAAUGUGGGCCUCCGGAAAGCACACUGCAAGCCGGCUUUCCCUGCGGACAGCAGGAAAUGGAAAGCUCACAUGUCAGACAAAGUCCGACUAGAAAAGAAGACGAAGAAGCCCUUGAGUGUUCAAAGGCGCUUCAGAAUGUUAGCUUGCACAGUCGUUACGAAGCCAAAGAAGUUUCUCAGCAACCUAGAGUGAAGAGACUGUACCCCGAGUUGCCGGCUGAAAUUGCUGAAGUGCCUGCAUUGGUGGCAGUGAAGCCAUUGCUCCGUAGUGAGCGACUCUACCCAGAGCUCCCGUCUCAACCAGAGCUGGCACCCUUCACUAAAGAACAGCUCAAACUCUUGGAGCCUGGCUCAUGGCUGGAGAACGUUGAGUCAUAUGUAGAGGAGUUUGAUAGCAUUGCUCAUCAGGAGAGACAUGAGUUUUAUGAGUUGCUUUUGAAUUACUCACGAUGCAGGAAGCAGUUGCUGUUGGCUGAAGCCGAGCUGCUCACCCUGAUGUCUGAUUGCCAAAGUGCCAAAAGCCGACUGUGGAACUUUAAGGACGAGCAAAUGGCCGUACAGGGCAUCUGUGCAGAUCAAGUAAAAGUUUAUGGUCAUCACCACUACCAGAGAGUAGAGAUGAAUGAGAAUGUCCUGGGGGAACUGAAGAAGCUAUUUGAUGCCAAGUCCGAGCACCUUCACCAGACCCUGACCCUCCAUUCGUACACUUCUGUGCUUUCGAGGUUGCAAGUGGAGUCCUACAUCUACACCCUUCUCAACAGCUCAGCUGUUCUGAGAUCUUUAGCAGUUUGUCAGGCAGACCAAGUUUCUAAACUGACAGAAAGCAUCCCCUCUGACAUGUGUCAGCUGAAGGAGUGCAUCAGUGUCUUGUUCAUGUUCACCAGGAGAGUGAGUGAGGAUGCCCAGUUCCAUGAGGACAUCCUUCUCUGGCUGCAGAAACUGGUGUCAGUGCUACAAAGAGUCGGCUGUCCUGGAGAUCACUUCUUUCUCCUGAACCACAUUCUUCGGUGCCCAGCUGGCAUUAGUGAGUGGGCUGUUCCUUUUAUACAGAUCAAAGUGUUGAAUAACCCUUCAGGGGUCUUUCAUUUUAUGCAGUCCCUUGCCCUGCUGAUGUCUCCUGUCAAAAAUCGAGCGGAGUUUAUGUGCCACAUGAAGCCCAGUGAGUGGAAGCCAUCAUCUUCAGGGCCAGCAUCUGGGAACUGGACACUCGUAGAUGAAGGCGGGGAAGAGGAUGAAGACCCUGAGACCAGUUGGAUUCUCCUUAAUGAAGACGACUUGGUCACCCUUUUGUCCCAGUUUCCCUUCCAAGAGCUCUUUCGGCAUCUUCUGGGGUUUAAAGCAAAAGGUGAUUACUUACCUGAAACAACAAGGCCCCAAGAGAUGAUGAGAAUGUUUGCCUUUGCCAACUCAUUAGUGGAGCUUCUGGCUGUGGGACUAGACACCUUUAACAGAGCCCGCUAUAGGCAGUUCGUGAAGCGCAUUGGAUAUCUGAUCAGGAUGACCCUUGGCUAUGUCAGUGACCACUGGGCCCAGUAUGUGAGCCAUAGCACAGGCCUGGGGUUAGCACUGCAGCCCUACUCCAUGGAGAAGCUGCAGCUGGAGUUUGAUGAGCUGUUUCUCAGAGCUGUCCUGCAUGUCCUGAAAGCUAAAAGACUUGGCAUUUGGCUGUUUAUGUCUGAGAUGCCCUUUGGCACCCUGUCGGUCCAGAUGCUCUGGAAGCUUUUCUACCUCAUGCACCAGGUGGAGAGUGGGAACCUGCAUCAGCUCUGCGCCUCCCUGCAGCCGGCCGAGUGCAAGAGGCAACUCCAAGACCCAGAACAUUUUGCGAGCUUUGAGAAGUGUCUUUCGUCCAUAAACAGCUCAGAGGAGAUCUGUCUCCUGACAACCUUUGCUCAGAUGGCUCGAGCCAGAAGAACUAAUGUGGACGAAGACUUCAUAAAAAUCAUUGUUCUGGAGAUCUAUGAGGUAUCUUAUGUCACACUGUCUACCAGAGAGACUUUUUCAAAGGUUGGCCGAGAGCUUUUGGGGGCCAUCGCAGCUGUUCACCCUGAGAUUAUUUCUGUCCUUUUGGAUAGAGUGCAAGAGACCAUUGACCAAGUUGGAAUGGUUUCUUUAUAUUUGUUUAAAGAACUGCCUUUGUAUCUUUGGCGACCUUCUGCCUCUGAGAUAGCUGUGAUUCGGGACUGGUUAUUGAAUUAUAAUCUGACAGCAGUGAAGAACAAGUUGGCCUGUGUGAUCCUAGAAGGACUGAAUUGGGGAUUUGCUGAGCAGGGUUCCCUUCAUCUGAAUCAAGCAUUGCACACUGAAGUGGCCCUUCUAAUUCUAGAGGCGUAUCAGAAACACCUGGCACAGAAGCCCUAUGCUGGGCUCAUUUCUGAAAGUAUGAAACAGGUUUCCUAUUUAGCCAGUAUUGUUCGAUAUGGAGAGACUCCUGAGUCCUCAUUUAACCAGUGGGCCUGGAAUUUGACCUUGAGGUUAAAAUUACACAAAAAUGAUUUUGGAAGACAGAGCCUUCCAGUUGGUCCCCUCUGCAGCACGGUACCUGACAUGACAGAGUCGUCCACAUUUCACCCACUCUUGAAGGCUGUGAAAUCAGGCUUGCCCAUUGGCUGCUAUCUCGCUUUAGCUAUGACAACUGUUGGCCACAGCAUUGAGAAGUUCUGUGCAGAAGGCAUCCCUCUGUUGGGCGUUCUGGUCCAGUCAAGGCAUCUGAGAGCAGUGGUGCAUGUCCUAGAUAAGAUUCUGCCCGUGUUCUACCCUUGCCAGUAUUACCUUCUGAAGAAUGAACAGUUUCUGUCGAACCUUCUCCUCUUCCUACAAUUGGACAGCGGUGUUCCUCAGGGGGUCACACAGCAGGUUACGCACAGGGUGGCACAGCAUCUGACAGGAGCCAUCCAUGGAGACAAUGUGAAGCUUCUCAAUGGCAUGAUCCAGGCACACAUAUGUGUAAGCACUCAGCCAGAUGAAGUAGGUCCUGUGGCUGUGCUGGAGUUCUGGGUCCAGGCUCUUAUCAGCCAGCAUCUCUGGUACCGGGAACAGCCUGUUCUCUUCCUCAUGGACCACUUGUGUAAGACAGCGUUUUAUCUGAUGCAGGAAGAUUGUGUGCAAAAAUUGCUCUACCAACAGCACAAGAAUGCUUUGGGUUACCACUGUGACCGCAGUCUACUCUCUUCCUUGGUGAACUGGAUUGUGGCAGGAAACAUUACUCCUUCCUUCGUGGAGGGCUUGUCCACGUCCACACAGGUUUGGUUUGCAUGGACUGUGUUGAACAUGGAAUCCAUCUUUGAAGAGGACUCUCAGCUUCGAAGAGUUGUUGAAAGGGAAUUGGUUAUAAAUGCGUGUAGCCCUGACCAAGCUCUAAAGAAAGCUCAGGUCCAGCUGAAGCUGCCCAUCGUCCCAUCCCUGCAGAGGCUGUUGAUUUAUCGCUGGGCCCACCAGGCUCUGGUCACACCUUCUGAUCACCCUCUUUUGCCACUCAUUUGGCAGAAGUUCUUCCUCCUGUAUCUUCACCGCCCAGGACCACAGUAUGGGUUACCUGUGGAUGGCUGUAUUGGAAGAAGGUUUUUUCAAAGUCCCUCCAACAUCAAUUUGUUGAAAGACAUGAAGAGACGCCUGACAGAGGUGGGUGACUUCCACUAUGCUGCAAGCAAGGCCCUCCGUGUUCCGGCAGAGGGCAGUGAAGGGACACCAGAGCUGCAGGCUGGCGCCCCUGGCUUCCUGACUUCCCCAGAACUGCACAGGGAACUCGUGAGGCUCUUCAAUGUGUAUAUAUUAUGGCUAGAAGAUGAAAAUUUUCAGAAAGGAGAUACCUAUAUUCCUUCUUUACCAAAGCAUUAUGAUGUUCACAGGCUAGCAAAAGUGAUGCAGAAUCAGCAGGACCUGUGGAUGGAGUGUGUGAACAUGGAGCGCAUACAUCAUGAGUUCCAGGAGACAGUUGCUCUGUGGACACAGGACAAGCUUGAGUCCCAUUCCAUGCCCUGCAGCUCUUCAGCACAGCUGGAUUUCACUGACCCUUUGCUGGCUAAAGCAAGGGUUCUAAGUAACUUAGAGAAGCAUGAGGCUCCGCAUCCUCCUCUUCUUCUGCAGCCCAUGAAGCCUCCUGUGCCACUCAUUUCCUCUGCUGUGCUGUUGGUGCAGAAGGACACCACCCAGCUCAUGUGCACAGACCUGAAUCUGCUGCAGCAGCAGGCCAGAACUGCCACUCUCCGGGAGUCACAGCAGGUUGCCUUGGAUGGUGAGCUGUUGGAGACGAUGCCCAAACAGUAUGUUAACCGGGAAGAGCAGACCACCCUGCAUCUGGAGUGUAGAGGCAGUGGUGGCAAGAAGUGCCAAGGAGCAGCAGUUGUGACAGUUCAGUUUGAAGGCAUGUGCAAGAAUGAAGCAGUAAGCCAGCAGAUCCAUGUUCUGCAGAAAGAAGUGAGGCAGUUCCAAGCAGAGGCUGCUCAGCCCCCGCCUCUAAACGUUGUGGAGGCUGCUGUGCACGCAGAAAACCUCAUCACGGCCUUAGUGAACACCUAUAAGUUACAGCCUACUCCUGGAGUUCAGAAAGUUGGCAUUAGCCUCUUCUUUACUGUUGUGGACUAUGUCAGCCAUGAGACCCAGCGCCAUCCUCCUACAAGGCAGUUCUUCACUUCAUGCAUCGAGAUCCUGGGACAGGUGUUUAUCAGCGGCACUAAAUCAGAGUGCAGAAAGCUGCUGCAGACCAUCCUGAACAACAGGCGGCUCUGCUCCCUGCUGUCUCCGUUCUUCACCCCCAAUGCUGCGCCUGCCGAGUUCAUCCAGCUGUAUGAGAACGUGGUGAAGUGUCUGAGCGAGGACAACAGCGACGUCAUCUUCAUGCUGCUCACCAAGUUCGAUAUUCAACAAUGGUUAAACAGCACUAAACCCCCUCUGUCGGACCGCACCCGGCUCCUGGAGUCCAUUCACCUGGCACUCACUGCCUGGGGCCUAGAACCAGAGGAGGAUAUCCUGAUGCCAUUUAAUCUUUUCUGUAAGCACUGGACUUACCUCCUGCUCUACCAGUUCCCUGACCAGUACAGUGAUGUCCUCAGGCUGCUGGUGCAGAGCUCUGCAGAGCAGCUGCUGAGUCCUGAGUGCUGGAAAGCCACUUUGAGAGCCCUGGGCUGCUAUGCCCCGAGCGUCCAGCAGGGGGAGGCCUCUGCAGAGAGCUCAGUGCUUCAUAGUUCCUCGGCUGUUCUCUUGUCAGACAGGCAGGUAACGGAGACGGUGCAGUGGCUUUCGGACUUCUUUUAUAAGCUGCGGUUAUCCAAGUUGGACUUUAAAAGCUUUGGAUUAUUCUCAAAGUGGAGCCCUUACAUGGCUGAUGUGAAGACAUUUUUGGGGUACCUUGUGAAAAGGCUGACUGACUUAGAAAUAGCCUCAUUGACCCAGGACCAAACUGCCAGCAGCAAAGAAGUGCUGAGAUCCCUGCACUCACAGAUCAUCCAGCUUUUCAAGCCCUGGAUCCUGGUUUUAGAGGACGCUGAGAGCCUCCAACGACAUUACCCCUGGCUGGAGAGUGACAGUGUGGUGGCCUCUAGCAUCGUGCAGCUCUUCACUGACUGUGUCGGCUCACUGCAUGCGAGUUUUAAAGACAAGCUGUUGCCCGGUGAUGAAGGAGCCCUGCGGUUGCACCUGCUGCAUUACUGUGAAGCAUGCACAUCACCCAAGAUGCCAGAGUUCAUUCUCUACGCCUUUCACAGUGCGUACCAGAGACUGGAGUGGAAGGACCUGCAUCCUGACCAGAGGCUUAUGGAGGCCUUCUUCAAGGUGGAACGUGGAAGCCCCAAGAGUUGUUUCUUGUUUUUGGGGUCUGUACUUUGCAGAGUCAACUGGGUUAGUGUGCUGUCUGAUGCCUGGAAUCCCAGCCCCCUUCCCAGGACCCAGAGCAUGGUUGUCUGCCUCCUUUUCAUGAUGGUGUUACUAGCAAAGGAAGCUCAGCUAGUUGACGAGACAGACUCACCUUUACUGAGUCUCCUUGGACAGAUGAGCUCGGUCUCAUGGCAUCUUGUGGAUCUUGUGUCGUACCAGAGCGUGCUGGGUUACUUCAGCAGUCAUUACCCACCAUCCGUCAUCCUGGCAGAAGACUGUGCCUCUGACCUGGUAGUGAAGCUGUUAAAGGUGUCUGCAGGACUCUCCCUUCCUGCUGACAGUCGGAAGCAUGUUGACAUAGUUCUAAAAUGCCGGGCUUUCACUCAUCAGAUGGUUCAGUUUCUCAGUGCCCUGGAACAGAGUGGAAAGCUCACCUUCCCAGCUCUAGAGCAGGAAAUAUCUAAGCUGUUGGAUGACGUCAUUCUCUUUAACCCGCCCGACAUGGACAGCCAGACCCGCCACAUGGCCCUCAGCAGCUUUUUCAUGGAAGUCCUAAUGAUGAUGAACAAUGCAGCUGUUCCAACAGCAGAAUUCCUUGGUGUCAGUAUUCGGACCUGGAUUGGCCAAAGAGUGCAUGGGUUGGUGGUGCUGCCCCUUUUAACAGCAGCCUGUCAGAGCCUGGCAUCGGUCCGCCACAUGGCGGAGACCACAGAAGCCUGCAUCAUGGCCUACUUCAAGGAAAGCUCCCUCGAUCAGAAUUUAGGAUGGGGCCCCAUUCUGGUGUCCCUGCAAGUUCCGGAGCUCACCAUGCAGGAGUUUCUGGAGGAGUGCUUAGCCCUGGGUAGUUGUUUGACUCUGUAUGUCUACCUGCUUCAGUGUCUAAACAGUGAGCAGACUGUGAAGAACGAGAUGAAAGUGCUUCUCCUCCUCAGCAAGUGGCUGGAGCAGGUGGACCCAAGCUCUGCACAGGAAGAGGCAAAGCUGUUUCUGUGGUGGCAUCAAAUCCUGCAGCUGUCUCUGAUUCAGUUGGAGCAGAACGACCCAUUCCUGACAGAGUCAAUCAUCCGGAUCCUGCUCAUGCUGCAGAGCAGGCAGAGCCUUAUGGCCGAGGAGAGGCUCAGCUCUGGGAUUCUGGGGGCGAUUGGGUUGGGCCGGAAAUCACCCUUGUCUAACAGGUUCCGAGUGGUCGCCCGAAGCAUGGUGGCCUUCCUGUCAGUUCAGGUGCCUGCAGAAGACCAGAUUCGUCUGAAGCCUAGCUCUGAACUACAUCUGACUCCGAAAGCUCAGCAGGUGCUGACGGCCCUUGAGUCCAUGACCCUGAGUAAGCAGUAUGUGGAGUACCAGGACCAGAUACUGCACGCCGUCCAGUUUAUAAGGCAUCCUGGCCACUGCCUUCAGAACUCGAAGAGCUUCCUGGCCCUUCUUGUUAACCGUCUUUAUCCAGAAGUGCAUUAUCUGGACAACAUCCGGUAGUGAGGCUGAAGCCCUCGAGCCCCGUGUUGCCCCUUGUUUACAGUAGCCAUGCUGUUGUGCAUGUAUCUUGCUCAGUUUCCCCACAGAGCUCAGUUCGGCCUGGAAUCGACUCAGGUGCAUUGGGAAGCGCAGAUAGUCCUGGGUGUGGGCGUUAUCUCUUACCGUGCAGCAGCCAUUUUAGUGUGAAUGUUCUUCCACAAGUGCAGCUAAGUUCCCCGAGUACAGACCACUCACAUCUGGGGAUGUGCCUGCCAGCUCCCUAAGAACAACAGAGUUCUUGGUGUGUCUGCACUUCUGUCUCCCUGCUUUGUUUAAAUGUCAAGACUCCUGAUGCCAGAUCUGACCGCUUUGGGAGGCGUGAAGAGCCCUCUUUUGGAACUCCAUUGUAUUCUUCCGAUGUGAAAAUUCUGCAUUUCUGAAAUGUAGGGAAACACCAGCUUUAAAGUCUUCUGCUGCUGUUCUUUGAGUGGAGAUGAUACACUGGUUUAGUUCAGGAGUGGCGGCAUGCGCCUGUCCUCUGGGCACAUAGACGGCUGAAGCAGCAGGGUCACAAGGGUGAGGCAGUGUGAGGUGUGUAUCAAGAGCAUCUCAGCCAACACUCUGACCACAGUACACAGCACAGAUGGUGACACAUCCUCUGGAAGAGAGCUUGUCUGAAGUGAUGUGACAGUGUACACUGGUGUGUUGUAUUCGGUCCUUGCAGGGGGAGCACAGACAGCACUGACCACAACUGCCAGGGCACUGGAAUCCUUUGGGUCUCCUCGUUCACAACGUUUUAUUGGCCCUGUCUAUGUGGAAUUCCCAACACUUAUAACUCUUGUUAUAAGUUAGAGCCUUCUGCAGGCCCUACUGCAAGGGACACUGGGACUUUGUACUUCUUCCUUAGAUAAAGUCAGAUGAAGCUCAUGGACGUACCGGAACAUGUCCAGAGAGAAGGGGCCGGGUCACGGGAACCUGAGGAAUGUGGCUCCUUGUGACCAGCCAGUCUCUCUGUCAUUGCUAAGCCCCUCCCUGGCUGGCGCAGUGCUCUGCUCCCUCCGGAGCACUUGCUCAUGUCACUUCCUGUAGAGUUCUUAGUUUGACUUGUCCAUAUAGUUAUACUUCUCAAAAAUGGCCCCAAAUGGGUUUUGCAGGUCCAGCUUAAAAUACGUCUCUCUUUUUAUGGGUUUAGGCCUAGAAAUAUCUGUGAAAAAUCUUUGAGUGGCCCCCCAAGAGCCUUGACUAAAGAUGGGAUAUACAGUUAGUGGGGUUCCUCCCCUGCAUUUGGAAGCUUGCAGGAACGUCUUAUUGGACAGAGCAAGUCUGCCUAGUAGACAGUCUCGGAACACUGAUGAAGGAUGUUCCUAUUCAGUGGCACAAAGUGUCCUUGUCCAGGAAGCUGUCCCAGCCUUCUUUAUUCCUGCUCCUCUCCGCUUCCCAGGUCUGCCUUCCUCACUCCAAUAGAAGCAAACCUUAGCAGCUGUAGACAGUUGAACAGCACCAGUGGGUCUGUGGCCAGAAAACACUGUUUGUGUGCUUACUCCAAGGAGAACCAAGUUACCAGUAUCCUAGAAUGUGAAAUGUUUGUGUCAUAGUGUGUACAGUUUAGAGAAUCAAUUAAUAUUGAAAGUUUAUAAUAUUUGUAAAUUUUAUCUGUAAAAAGUAUAAACAAUAAAUCAACCUUUGAUUAUAACUGAUGAAUCUGAACUGAAGGCUAAUGUAGAUUUUUAUGACUGAUAAUAAAUUUAUUUGACUUUGUAACUGGUCAGUAAAAGUACCACCUUUUUCAUCCUUGCUUAACAUCUGAGAGUUAUUUGCCUCAGAGUCUCUGAGAAGCACUGGGCUGUCUUUAACAACAUGCGGCAAUUCAGAACGAAGAGGGCUGCCUGCAGACAGGCUGCUGGCUGCUGAAAAAAAGCCAGGCUUUGCUAGGAAAAUACGUCACGGCAUCAGAGACAGUGAUGGGCACUUGAUGCCCUUGUCACCAAGCAAGGCCGUGACUGGGCAGUGUGGAAGGUGGACAUCACAGACUCCAGAGCCUCCUGCAGCUUCCCAGGAACAAUGGGAGUGCUGGCCUCAGUGGAAGUACCUCUGCCUCUCCCAGCAUUGCCACCUCCUUGGAGUGCACACGUGGGGCGGAGAGGUGGUCCUGGCCUUCCUCCUCUACAGCCUCACUGGCUCAGGUGACAGCAGGGCCCAGUGGGGUGGUGCUGUGAAGACCAGAGCCCACAGUGCACAUCUCUAAAGACCAGCGCCCAUGGUGCACAUCUCUAAAGCUCCUGUACACUUGACCUUGGCUCUAAACAUGACUGGCAGGUGUCUGGCUGGUUAUGCCUCCACCUCUCCUGUGUAUUUUCAUUUUUGGUGUCAGUGAACGUGGGGUGUAGAAUCUUCCUGUAAUUAGCCAGCAGACUUUCUCCUCCAAGGCCAACCAGUCUAAGCUCUGGUGAGUUUAAGCACUUUGUCUGAAUCAAGAUGAUGACACUGGUUUUCAAAGGUAUUUUCUAAAAAUUAUUUCUUCUGAAGCAGGAAGCCAAUUGUCUAAAUCAUGGGCAGAAUCAAGACACAUAUUAAUACCUCAGAUCCCUUAGUGGAGAUCCUCACCCUCUCCCCCACCUGGCCGGUGUCUUGGAGUCCACUGCCGGCCCAGCCUUGACUGUGCCAGGACUCUCUGGUUCUGCGUAUCUUGAGCCAGAAUGGUCCCUUGCAACCUUGCCUGUUGGUUGUGGAUCUGCCUGGAGCAUCCAGGAAGGACCUGUUCUCAGUUACCUCAAGACAUUCCUCCUGCCCCAUCUUAGACCUUGCCUGCCCGGACCCCUUAGUCCUCUCUGCUAAGUGGCCAAAGUCCUUAGUCAUCUUUGAAUGUGAUGUCCCAAUAAAACUGCUUUUGGGGGCAGUCACACUACUGUGCCAAGGAUUAGCAGUGCCAGAACUACAGUAGGACAAAGAAGAUGUGAGAACACACUCAGCCCUCGCAGGCGAUGCAGGGAGUGUGUAUCCUUGCCCAUUCAUGCCUGGUGCUUUACUGCCUUAUCCUGGACCCUGCCCUAAGAGCUGUCACCUCCCUAGGCCAGGCAGAGCGAAUCGCUCUAGCACACACUUGGGUGGCAUCGGUUCCCAUUGUGCUCUCUAGUUGGCAUGUUAACCUAGCCUCGAGUUAAGACACAGGCCUCUUUAGUAGUGGUCACUGCCCAAGACCAGUUUCCCUCGAGUAUCUACUUGGUCAGUCCAGUGGUCAGGCCCUUUGACCUUCAUCAUGGAUUAUACCUGCUCUUUAGUGAGCUAAUCGUCACAGCUCCUUUUAAGGUAAUAGCUGACCAUGUUAGGUGAGGCUCUUAGGGCUGGGGUCCUAAACAGGCUUGCGCAGGAGUCAUGUAGCCAGGAGCAGGUCACGUGUUUAUCCAUAGUCUCCUUCACUCUGCACAGGUUCCUGAUUCCUCAUGAGGAUAACUUGAAAAAAUAAAACUUAUGCUACUCCCUCCUAUUCUACUGACGAAAGCGCUGAUGUUGGUCGUAACUUACUUUUCAGUGUGUUACGUAAACCGCUGAGCACUGAAGAGAAGCUUGCUUUCAGGGGUUUCAGGUAAUUUCUCCCGGAGAUCAGUACUGUGUUGUGUCACCUCAGCUAGUGAGGCGAACUUUCCAACCACAGUUUGGCUCUGGCUCUUGCGCCCUCUCUGUCCUCUCACCCUUCCCCCUCUCCCCAUUCCCUUCCCCCUUUCCACCUGCUCAUGGCCUCCACUUCUCUACUCCUCUUCUGUCUCUUCCUCUCUCUGUCUCUACUAUCCUCUCAACUCCCCUCCCCAUGCCCUGAAUAAACUCUAUUGUAUACUUAAAAAGGAAGGAAGGAAGGAAGGAAGAAAGAAACAAAG